AUGCCUCACAGCCUCGAGGGGCCCCCGCCGGGGGCCCCCCCAGCAGCAGCAGCAGCAGCGCAGCAGCAGCGCCAGCAGCAGCUGCUGCUGCUGCAGCAGAAUCUGCUGCCUGAACGAAAGAAAAAGGGUCUUCUGAAGGGAGCACACUUCAUUCUUUCCAACUGCAGCAAGCAGCAGCAGCAGCAGCAGCAGCAAGAGCUGCAGCAGCAGCAGCAGACACAGCUAGCUGCAGCGCGAGACCCCCCGUCUCGCCAGCCAAGUUUUGGUGCAGCAGCAGCAAAUGCUGCUGCAGAACGAGUAAAAAUUCAACAGCAGCAACACGGCAGCAACAGCAGCAACAGCAGCAGCAACAGCAGCAGCAACGACACGAACAGCAGCAGCCAGCAGCAGCAGCAGCAGCAGCAGACACUUCUUGCUCUUCCUGCUGCUGCAUACCGUGCAAUGAGUGAACUCGAGACGCCAUUAGAGCCUUUUGCAGCAACAGCAGCAGAAGGCGGAGCUGCAGCAGCAGCAGCAACAGCAGCAGCAGCAGCAACAGCAGCAGCAGCGCCGGAAUCUCCCGCAGCAGCGGAUUCAGCUGCAGCAGCAGCUGAAGCAGCGGCAGACGCUCCUCCAGCAGCAGCAAAAUGCUGCCUAGACAGCGGCAGCAGCAGCAGCAGCAGCAUCUCCUGCUGCUGCGACGACAACGACAGCAGCAGCAGCAGCAGCAGCAGCAGCAGCAGCAGCUGCGACGGCAACGGCAGCAGCAGUAGUAGCAGCAGCAGCGGGAACUGCUACAACAACGACCGCAGCAGCAGCAGCUGCUGCGAUAGCAACGACAGCACCAGCGUUGGCAGCAGCAGCAGCAGCAGCAACAACAACAACAACAGCAGCAGCAGCAGCAGCAGCAGCAGCAGCAGCAGCAGCAGCAGCAGCAGGCCUGAGGUGCUGCGGCUUCGAGUUCGGGUGCCCCCAAAUGUUUUUAAUUUGACAGUUCACUCAAAGGCGUCUCUGGAUGAACUGAUGCAAAGAGUUGCUGCCGUCGCGGACAUCGAUGUGGAAGCCAUCGACUCGAGUGAGCCAACAGCAGCAGCAGCAGCAGCAAGAACAGCAGCAGCAGCAACAGCAGCAGCAGAUGUUCGCUGCGGCUUCCCCCCACAGCCUCUCAAAGAAGAGGAAGGGGGGCCCCUGCAGAAAGUGAGCGAUGGAGAGGCCCUGCUGGUGAUGCUGCACUCUAAUAGGCUCGGUGCAGCUGGUUCGCAGCAGCAACACGUCGAGUUUAGCAGCGUCGCGGCCAGCAGCACAGCAGCAGCAGCAGCAAAGCAGCAGCAGCACAGCAGCAGCAGCACAGCAGCAGCAGCACAGCAGCAGCAGCAGCAGCAGCAGCAUCUAUUUGCCCGCUGCGUGUCCCAUUUGCUGCAGAGGGCCGCCAAGCUGUCUCCUCUCGCCCAGUCCCUAAACGCCUAG